AUGCGGGGCCAAUCUCACAGUCGGGACCGUCAUGGCGGGUCGCGCGAUCGGGCACGCGAGCGGGAGCGGAGAAGAGAGCGCGAUCGCGAUCGCGACUAUAUCGCAGGCCGAUACGAAGACGAAGGCGCAUCCAGCCCUGGAGCUUCACGUGGGAAGUACAAGUUCCGCGGAGAUGCAUAUGAUUCUGGGACGCCUGAGAGCGACUACGAAGAUGAACGGCGGCGCGAACGACGAGAACGACGAAGAAAGCUCGAUGAAGAGCGGGCUUAUAAUGAGGCUGUUGAGGAGAGAAGGAAGGAGAGGGCAUUCAAUGAUGCUGUGGAGGAAAGGAGGAGGAAUCAAUCGAAGGCGAAAGAAUCACCAGCUACGUCGCCAAUGAAGAAGAGGGAUCGGGAGCGGGAUCGCGAUGGGAGGAGGCGAGAUAGGGAGGGGAGUCCGAGCAGAGACGUUAGGGAGAGGAGGUCGAAGGCUAGAGGGGAGGGAAGGGAGAGGUCUUUGGAUCCUGAUGCUGAGGCGAGGAGACAGAGACGGAGGGAACGGAGGGAAAGGGAGAGAAUGGAACAGAGGGAAUUGGAGGCUGCUGCUGCUCUUUCGGCGGCGCGCAAGCAUAAGAGUACCGAGUCGACGAGCAGUGCGUCUCAUCUUCUUAGUGCGAAUGCGCUGGCUAGGCUAGCUUCUGAGAAUGAUCUUGAUGAACGUCCUGAGCGUUCUCGACAUCUGGAUCGGGAACGUGGACGGUCCAGAGACUAUUAUAGGGAACGUUCUCGAGACCAUGAUGAAGAGCGCAGAGAGCGCCGUCGGCGGAAGAAGGCCGCAUUGGCAGCUGCUACUGGUGAAUAUGGGGAGGAGCUCGCCGAGGGACGGUCGAGGCGCAAGUCUGGUGCGCGAGUCGCAUCGGGCUCCUACUUGGAAGAAGGUCGCAGUCCAGAAAUGAAGAUGCGGCGUCGUGGAGGUGGUGGGGCUGCCAUGGAAGAGUGGAAAGAGGAAGACAGCUGGGAGGGCAGCUAUGAGAGUGGCGCUCGAAGGCCAUUCUGGAAAUUCUGGGCAAAUUGGUCCAGGAAGAAGCGCAUUGUUAUUGGAAGUUUAGUAGCAGUGAUUGUUCUGCUUGCCAUUGUCAUCUCAGUUGCUAUUGUUGAAGCCCAAAACAAGAGCAGCAGCUCAAACUCGGACUCAGGCUCGUCCGAUUCAUCUUCAUCCUCACCUGCUAAUUCGAAUCUCGAUGGCAUGAAUGAAAAGGAUAUUCCGGUGAGCUUAUGCACGGGUACUUACCUGGAUCCAUUUACAUGGUAUGACACCGAAGGGUUUAAUGUCACAUUUACCAACGAAACCGUCGGUGGCUUGUCUAUCAUGGGCCUAAAUUCCACCUGGUCCGAUACUGCCAGGCCGAAUGACAACGUGCCCCCUUUGAACGAGAAGUUCCCUUAUGGCUCACAGCCGAUUCGUGGAGUGAAUCUGGGUGGAUGGCUGUCGAUUGAACCCUUUAUUACACCGUCCUUAUUCGAUUCGUAUUCAUCUGAGGAUGGUGUCGUUGACGAGUGGACAUUGACCACGAAAUUGGGAUCUGCCAAGACAACCACCCUGGAAAAGCACUAUGCAACCUUCAUCACCGAAUCAGACUUUGCCGAAAUCAAGGAGGCCGGACUUGACCAUGUCCGUAUCCAGUAUUCGUACUGGGCAGUCAAGACAUACGACGGUGACCCGUAUGUCGCCAAGCAAUCCUGGCGAUACCUCCUUCGUGCAAUCGAGUACUGUCGGAAAUACGGGCUUCGUGUCAAUCUCGACCUCCACGGCCUUCCAGGUAGCCAGAACGGGUGGAAUCACAGUGGCCAUCAAGGCAAGAUUGGCUGGUUGAACGGGACAGAUGGCGAAUUGAACAGGCAAAGAUCUCUCGAGAUCCACGACCAGCUGUCCACAUUCUUUGCUCAAGACCGAUACAAGAACGUCGUGACAAUCUAUGGUCUGGUUAACGAGCCACUCAUGCUCUCCUUGCCCGUUGAGAAAGUACUUAACUGGACACAAGAAGCCACCGAGCUGGUACGCAGCAAUGGAAUUAAUGCCACAGUUGUCUUUCACGACGGAUUCCUUAACCUCGAAAAGUGGGAUACUAUGUUCAAAAGUCACCCCGACAACAUGUACCUCGACACGCACCAGUAUACAACCUUCAACACAGGUGAAAUUGUUCUCAACCAUACUGCCAAGAUCGACAUUAUCUGCAACAGCUGGAAGCCCAUGAUACAAGCCAUUAACAUCACUAGCACAGGUUGGGGCCCAACAAUCUGCGGCGAGUGGUCCCAAGCUGAUACCGACUGUGCUCAAUACGUUAAUAACGUCAAUCGCGGCACGCGCUGGGAGGGGACGUACGAUACUAGUUCGACGACAGCCUACUGCCCCACGGCCGCUGAUGGCACCUGCAGCUGUGCCAGUGCAAACGCCGACGUAACUGAAUACUCAGAUGCGUAUAAGAAGUGGCUGCAGACCUACGCCGAAGCCCAAAUGGCUGCCUUUGAGACCGCACAGGGCUGGUUCUACUGGACCUGGCAAACGGAGUCUGCAGCGCAGUGGAGUUACCGCACUGCAUGGAAGAAUGGUUUCAUGCCCAGCAAGGCUUAUUCGCCAUCAUUUACAUGCGGCGAUACAGUUCCUGAUUUCUCCGCCCUCGGACUAGCAGAGUAUUAUUGA